ACAAAGAAGUUUACCUUCAAUGUCAACGCGCCUGCUUUCAAACCUCGCAGUGCACAAGCUCAAAUAGCUCAGCAAGUCGGUCCUCCUCCAGGUGGACCAUCACAAGCCAUGAUGGGCGCAGUUCCUAUGGUACCGGCUGGAGUACCGAUUCAGACUGCCAUGCCACCACCUGGAAUGCUUCCCACUAUGCAGACUGGUCAACCACCUGUUUUAGUACAAUGGCAGGGAGCUCCGGGUCAGCAGGCAUAUCAAAUGCCUGGCUAUCAAUAUGUGGUAACUGGUGGUCAACCAGUGAGCAUGAUGCCAAGCCAGCCGAUGACAAUGGGUGGACCUCGUCCUGGUGGUCCGCCGGCAGUAGCAUUUCCGCAGGGUAGUCGACGACCAGUUAUGGUUCCACAUACAGCAGCCCAGUGGCAACCACAUGUGAUGCAAGUUGGCCAAGGAAUGGUUCCCUACGCCUACCAGUCCUUCUCCGUACAAGCCGGUGCAUCUGGUGGAGGAAGUGCUGGUGUUGUACCGCCACCGCCUCCCCAAGGGGGUUUUGGUGGCCCACAAGCUCCUCCUCCACAAAUGAUGCCCGGUACCCCACAGGCGGGAGCUCCCCCGCCGGGUAUAUACCCGCAACGUUUUGUCCCUGCACAGGGUUAUGUACUACCGCAAGCUGGUGUACAAGGACAAACUCGAUUCCCCACUCCACAGCAAACACCUCAUCAAGGGAUGGAAGCAGCCCAUUUCCAAGCUCAAGGAGCUCCAGGAUCCGCUGCUGCAUCAACUGGACCGAAUAGCCAGCCUCCUACUCCGGGUCCUUCGCCAGCACAGGUAAAUCCAUGCCUAUUCUCUCUUCUAGACUCUUUGACUUUACUUCGCAUGUAG